AGCAGCGAUAUUUACACCGAUACGAGAAGAAGAAAGGGAAAGCAAAGCGGUGAAAGAGGACCCUUUCGAAUGAAUGGUGGCAGAGCGGGAGGAACAGGCAAUGCGGAGAUAUUUUGAAGAGAGAGAAGAACGGGAGAUGGAGGAAGAAGAAGUGGAAGAUGAAGAUGGGGGUGAGGAGGAGGAGGAGGAGGAGGAAGAAGAUAACGAGGAUGAUGAUAACGAGGAUGAUGAUAACGAGAAUGAUGAUAACGAGGAUGAUGAUAAUGACGAUGAGUCUGAGGAGGAGGAAGAGGAGGAGGAACAGCAAUUUGAAACCAACGAACCAAUAGCCAAGAAGCCUAAUGAACACCACCUCAAGACCAAACAACCACCCAUUCAAUGA